CUAUCUCCUAGUAUUGUUUGAGGACUUGGUAAAAAUGCAGAAGUGCUUGACCUAGAGCUUGGCAGAUAGGAAACACAUGACAAAUGGAGGAAUAAGAAGACAUAUUCAUAAGCCAGGAUGUUGUCAUGUUCAAAGGACUCACACAGAUUCACAUAUAUUCCAGUGGCAUUGCAUAAACAAAUGAAGAGAUCUAAUAAAUGGCAGAUUGGAAAGAUGUGGAAGGUGAUUUAAUGUCCUAGAGCACCAGCUGGUGAGCAAUGCACGGAGCAGACUUGUAACCAACUUACAUCAUCUUCACCAUGAAGAUAGCCCCAGUGUCAGUACUUCUGACUCUGGCCCUUUGCCUCAUACAAGAUGCUGCCAGUGAGGAUGAAAAUCAGGAAACAUGCAGUGAUUUUCUGGCAUUUAUGAAAAAUGGGAAGGUGUUCUGUCCCCAGGAUAAAAGCCUUCUUAAAAUCGCUGAUGGAACGACCUUCCUCCAGAAAUGUGCCAAGUGCAAAAUAGUUCUGGAAAAAGAAGCACAAUCCCAGAAAAGGGCCAGGCAUUUAGGAAGAGCCAUGGCCCCUACCCCAGCAAAGUUGAAUUGUGAUGAUUUCAAGAAAGGAGAAAGAGAUGAGGAUUUUAUCUGUCCUUUUGAUAGCGCAGCUGUCUGUGGCACAGAUGGGAAGACAUACAGCAACACAUGUGCACUGUGUGCUGAGAACGUGAAAACCAGGUCCCAAGUUGGCGUAAAACAUGCAGGGGAGUGUGAAAGCAGUAAUCCAGAGCAGGAUCUAUGCAGUGCUUUUCGGCCUUACGUGAAAGAUGGAAGACUUGGAUGCACAAGGGAAAAUGAUCCCGUUCUUGGUCCUGAUGGAAGGACACACGGCAAUAAGUGUGCAAUGUGUGCCGAGCUGUUCUUAAAGGAAGCUGAAGAAAAUGCCAAGCAACACAAUGAAACCAGAAUUCGAAGAAGUGCUGAAAAGGAUUUUUGCAAGGAAUAUGAAAAACAAGUGAGAAAUGGAAGACUUUUUUGUACACGGGAGAGCGACCCAGUCCGUGGCCCUGAUGGCAGGAUGCAUGGCAACAAAUGUGCCCUGUGUGCUGAAGUUUUCAAGCGGCGUUUUUCAGAAGGAAAAAAUAAAGCAAAUGAAAACCUGAGAAAGGCUGAAGAAAAAGUUAAAGUUAAAAGAGAAACUGAGAAACUCUGCCGUGAAUAUCAGAAUCAUGUAAGGAAUGGAGUGCUUUUCUGUACCCGAGAAAAUGACCCCGUUCGUGGUCCAGAUGGGAAAAUGCAUGGCAACUUGUGUUCCAUGUGUCAAGCUUUCUACCAAGCAGAAGCCGAAGAAAAGAAAAAGGCACAAGCAAAAAGUAAAAGAGAAUCUGAAAAAGCACCCUCAUUUUCAGAGCUGUGCAGCGAGUACCGCAAGUUUGUGAGGAACGGGAAACUCCCAUGCACCCGAGAGAACGACCCCAUCCAGGGCCCCGACGGGAAAAUGCACGGCAACACCUGCUCCAUGUGCGAGGCCUUCUUCCAAGCAGAAGCAGAGGAAAAGAAAAAGAAGGAAGCUGAAUCAAGAAAUAAGCGACAAUCUGCAAAUACAAUUUCCUUUGAGGCGUUGUGCAGCGAAUUCCGCAAAUCCAGGCAGAAUGGACCACUCCUUUGCACCCGAGAGAACGACCCCAUCCAGGGCCCAGACGGGAAAAUGCACGGCAACACCUGCUCCAUGUGCGAGGCCUUCUUUCAACAACAAGCAAGAGCAAGAAAGGCUAAGAGAGAAGCUGUGAAGGAACUCUGCAGUGAAUUUCGGACCCAAGUGAGGAAUGGAAUCCUCGCGUGCACCAGGGAGAAUGACCCUGUCCAGGGCCCAGACGGCAAAAUGCACGGAAACAAGUGUGCCAUGUGUGCAAGCGUGUUUGAACUUGAAGAAGAAGAAAAGAAAAAUAAUGACAAGGAAGGAAAGGAGAAAGUUAAAGUUCAGAAAGUUAAGAGAGAAGCAGUGCAGGAGCUGUGCAGUGAAUACCGUAACUAUGUGAGGAAUGGACGACUUUUCUGCACCCGAGAGAAUGACCCCAUCGAGGGCCCUGAUGGGAAAAUCCACGGCAAUACCUGCUCCAUGUGCGAGGCCUUCUUCCAGCAAGAAGCAAAAGAAAAAGAAGAAGUUGAUUCUGAAAUAAAAGUUAAGAGAGAAGCUGACAAGGAUAGGUGCAGUGAAUAUCGGAGCCUUUUGCAAGAUGGAAAUCUUUUCUGCACACGAGAAAAUGAUCCCGUGCGUGGCCCAGAUGGCAAGACCCAUGGCAACAAGUGUGCCAUGUGUAAAGCAGUCUUGAGGCUGAGCUGUCACUCUCAAGACCAAUGUGCUGAGUUUCGGGAAAAAAUGCAAAAUGGAAGACUCAGCUGUACCCGGGAGAGUGACCCUGUACGUGAUGCUAAUGGCAAAUCAUACAACAAUAAGUGUACCAUGUGUAAAGAGAUGCUGCUAAGAGAAGCAGAUGGAAACAAUAAUUCUGGCAAUAGAGCAAAUGGGACUGAAUCAGCGUCAGGAAAGGAUACCUGUGAUGAGUUUAGAAGCCAAAUGAAGAAUGGACAACUUAUCUGCACUCGAGAAAGUGACCCUGUCCGGGGUCCAGAAGGCAAAACACAUGGCAAUAAGUGUGCUAUGUGUAAGGAAAAGCUGGAAAGGGAAGCAGCUGAAAGAAAAAAGCAGGAAGCUAACAGGACAAACACAACAGAAAAGAACAAUGAAAAACAGGAUCAGUGUCAUGAAUUCCGGAGCUUGGUGAGAGAUGGAAAGCUCAUGUGCACCAGAGAAAAUAGCCCCGUUCGAGGUCCAUAUGGCAAGAUGCAUGUCAACAAGUGUGCAAUGUGUCAGAGCAUCUUUGAGCGAGAAGCUAGUGAAAGAAAAAGGGAUGAUGAAGACAAACCACGUGACCAGCCUUCAAAUAAUGCAAAGGACCAGUGCAGAGAGGUUCGGAAUGAAACGGAGGAUGGAAUGUUUAGACUUUCUGGGCAUUCCUUGGCCUCCAUUGCCAGGAUAAGUGCAGACGAGUGUGGUCACUUUCGGAAGUACUUGCGGAAUGAUGAGCUCUUGUGCACUCGUGAGAAUGACCCGGUGCGAGGUGCUGAUGGAAAGUUUUACAAAAACCAGUGCUACAUGUGCAGAACUGUCUUUCAGAAAGAAGCUUUGGAGAGGGCAAAACUUCAAGAAAAGCCAUCACAUAUUAGAGCUUCCAAAGAAGAAGACAGCCCAGAUUCCCAUAUUACUUCCCUGGAUUCUGAGAUGUGCAAACACUACCAAGUAUUGCCCAGGAUGGGUUACCUUUGUCCAAAGAAUUUACAGCCUGUAUGUGGUGACGAUGGCCAGACAUACAACAACCCUUGCAUGCUCUGUCAUGAAAACCUAAUACGCCAAACUAAUACACGCAUCCGCAGCGAAGGGAGGUGUGAGGAGAUUAGCACCCCAGGAACAACACUGCCCAGCAUGCCAGCCUCUGACAAAUGAUGCGAGGAUCGGUGACAGCCAUGGGAAAGUGUAUGCCCCAAUUCUGAGUUGCCUACCUUCACCAUCUGUAUAUACAAAGAAUUCUUCAGAGCUCACCUUAUUAACUAUAGAAAACAAUAGAGAGCUAUUGGGGGAAUGGACUCAUUGACUUUCAGUCUUCUCCAUCUCUUUCCUCAAUUCUGUGAUUGGAGGGCACAGAGAUCUUUCCACCUAGUCUGUGCUCUGCACACCUCUUGGUCACAAUGCUGUCUGUCCAUCUACUUGUUCAAUAAAAGUACACCCAGCAGAAUACCCUUUCUGGGAUUUCUUUGCCACUGCCUGGCUAGGAGGAAAUUGUUUUUUACAUAAAGCCAACCAGCUAUGAAUCAGCCUCACCUUCAUUAUCUGCCACCUCACCAGCUCCCCUAUUUAGCGGCUCUAUUUCCAUGAGUAGCGUAACUAUCUCUCAGUUACAUGGGCCCCAUCCAAUGACACAAACCAGUAAUUUCCCAUAUCUAAUCAUGUUGCCUCUCGACAAUGUCUUAUGUCAGGGCCUUGGGCCCAUAGUCUGGGAGAAGAAUAAGGAAAUGAGUGUCACCAAGGUGUGUUCUUCUCUAGAACAGCGGUGUCCAAAAGAAACAGAAUACACGUCACACAUGGAAUUUCAAAUUUUGUGGUAGCUAUAAAAGAAAUGGGUAAAAUUAAUUUUAAUAACAUAUUUUGUUUACCUCAAUAUAUCAAAAUGAUUAUUUCGAAGUAGAAUGGAUAUAAACUUUUUUUUUAGUAAAUCUUUGAUAUUGGUAUGUAUUUUAUACUCACACCACAUCUCUCUUUGGACUGGCCACAUUUGAAGUGCUCGGUAACGACAUGUGGCUAGAGGCUACUAAAUUAGUAAGCUAAAGUGCAGAAAAAUCUGUUAGGGGACACACACUUUAGAUAGGGGUGGGAUGAAACAACCGGUAACUCUGUCAUGCUCAAAGUCUUGCGACUGGUGUCUUGAGACAGUACCGAGAUAUGUUGUUCACUUUCCGAUUCUGGGCUGGUGCUGAACACACUCUAGAGGGAGAAAGGCAGUGGAAAAUACAUCACAGUUCAACUUAUUCUCAGCUUCAGAAGAACUGUGCCCAGAAUGGCAGGCCUGCUUGGAUUUGUGAGGUUAAUUUUGUAUGU